GACUUUUUCUUGUCGUCGCCGGGACAGACACCUCCCAUAUUUUCCCUUCAAAACGUCUGGACCACGUUCCCUGACAAGCCUCUCCCUGCCUCAAAUUUCAUGCAGGCUUCUGGAAUGGGCCCCCGUGGGCGGCAAACACACUCCUGCAGCGAUCGUCGGCACCAAGUCUUCUGGAAACGGAGGAUGCGGAAGACUGAUCGUACCAGUCAUAAUUUGGAAGGUAAUCAUCGACCUGUCCCCUCAGAAAUACCGGCAUAGAUGUACCUGUUCGGUUGGACUGGUCGUUUGUAUGUAAAGAGUACAUCUUGGCGUGGUGGAUGACUCCAGUAGGCGUCGGAGUCAGUCACCUGCCUGCUCUUGUUUGCACCUGCCACUUAGGUUCUAUUCUCCAUAUAGCAAACAGUAUCUGUCCAAUAUUCUGGAUUUGUUGCAAAAAGAAAAGAAGUUAUGUUCUUUCGUUUCACUGCAAUUUUCUGCAACUAACAGUGCUUUCCCUCCUCGUCCACCUUCUCGACGGGAUAGCCGUCAUGGAGCUCGAGGAGAUUGACGCCAACAUUAUGGCUGCGAAUAUUGUCAGGUCCUUCGCGCAGCUGAAGACGAAAGAAGCGCGACGUGCUGCUUACGAAGGAGUGCUGCGGCAACUCUCCUCUAAGGAAUGGCGCGAAAUCAAGGAUAUUUCAUCCAAAAUCACCUUGCAGACCGACAUUAUCAGCCUGUUGCCCGUUGAACUAGUUGCACUGGUUACUCGCCAUUUAAGUAUAGUGGAUGUUGUUAUAUUGCAAAGAGUUUCAAAGCAGUGGAAAUCUAUAUUAUCUUCCUGGGAUAUCAGGAAAUCUGUGCUUAUGGGGCAUCAGAUCACUAUCCCUAAAGGAAUCACGACUCUAGAAGAGCAAGAGAUGUUCUUCCACCGAUGUGCACGGCGGCGGAUUGCACUACAAAGAGGACGGCCUUUCAGCGUGGCUACAUAUCCACAUACAAUGAUCUUUGACCAGCUCGAAGUGGUAGACCAAGAUACUAAAUACGAGAUCACUGAUUAUUCAUCUGGAAUAUGUGUUGGGGCAUUUGACAGAUCAAUCUGUCUCUGGAACUGGCUUGAAGGUGUGGUCGAUGUGAUUCACCUAGAGAACAGACAAGAUAUCAAAGCUGUGAGAGUCACAAAUAAGAUUUUUGCUGCUAUUACUAGCAUGGGACACUGCCACGUGUGGGAUCUUGAGACGAAGGCUGAGAUUGCCGAUAUCCGGCUGCCAUCUUCAGCAUACAACUCAUUCAUUACCAACGAGUCUGCGCUGGCAAUCGAAAUAAACAGUGAUCUCAUCAUCUGGGAUCGAAUUUCCUGCAUCACUCGAGUAACGAGGAUUGAAACGCCGUGUGAUAUUUCGUCUAUCCGUAUUACACCCACCGGUGAUAGUUUCAGCACUAUCGAAAUCAAGGACGAAACCACAGAGCAUCAAAAGAUAACGUUCCUCUUCAAACAUUGGAUAUUUGAUGCGGCCUCUAGGAGCUAUAUUUUCCUAGCUUCGCAUUCGCUGUGCAUCUCUGUGGAUUACGAUCUAGAUGACUUCUCACCGGAUUGGUCAUCGAGGUUUUCGAACCGUAGCGGACAAUCCCCAUUAAUAUUCUUCGACAAAACAGACAGCGAGGCCGUCCCUGUGUUGAUCAUCUCCCAUUAUACAGUAGGCGGUGAUAUUGCCAGCCGUAUGGUCCAGUUUGCGGCCGAGGAUGAUUACGAUGAUACUGAUAUCGUCCCUCUUGCCUCCGAUAUCGUCAUGGUCUAUUUCGAGGACGAUUUUCCGUGGGCUGGUGAUCAUCGUCUCCUUCGAACCUAUCAGCUCGACAAUGAAAACAUUCUCUCGAAGGAUACAAGAGUGGUCCUGAGUGAGUCCAACCUUCCAGGCCAGGGACCUUUUCAUAAACCUGUUCUGUACGGCGAUGAAGAUUUUAUUGUCGCCUUAAGUGAACAUGGGUGGCAUAUCUGGUGUUUCAACCCAGAUAUUCAACUGCCUAACCAUAUUUCUACUAGACAGUCUUAAACAACUUAUUUACUAAACAGAUCAUUAAGACACUGCUUGCAGUAUGCUAUAGGGAUUUCAUUCAAUGGUUCAAUUAAGAGAUAAUGUAGAGAAUCACAGAAUGAGAAUACAGUGACAAAAGAAAAAAAUAAUAGUAUAACAGUAGUGCAUGUAUCCAACCAUCAGCAAUUUCUAUAGUGCCAUUAUAGCGCUCAGCAAACGCCAUUUCAGCUGAUCAACUUUCCUAAAUCGCACCCACUAGUCUUCUACUGUGUCCCCUCUCGACGAUCAAGAGUC